AUGAUGGAGUGUGUACAUCUGAUCUUCUUAUCUACCUUCUUCUCUAUUUCCAUGACAUCUGAAACAUUUGACACAAUGGAAGGUGAGGCUUUUGUUAUAAAAUGCCCCCGAUGGAGGUCAGCUGUGAAAGUCACCUGGUGUCACACGGAUACUAACAAAGCGAUUCCGGCAGAAGAAGAAGGGUCACGCAUAUUUUCCUUAAAACAAUUUCUUUUGUUUCUGCCAACUUCUAGAGAGGAUUCUGGAAACUACACUUGUGUUACACAUUUCUCAAAUAAUCGCACAAAUUCAUUCAACAUGAACGUGCAGGUGCACCCAUUCAAGGAAGGAGUUUGCUUCCCAAGUCAGAUUCGUUAUCCAAAUGACACUGGAAUUGGAAAAGUUGUUUGUCCUACAAUUGACAAUUAUAAGAAUGCUACUAUCACCCAGUGGUACAAGGACUGCAAACCUCUUCAGGGGCAGAGAUACUACAAGAGAGAAAAAUACAUAUUUUUUAACAACCCAGGAAAGGAGGAUGAUGGUUAUUAUACUUGUCAAUUUACCUACACACAUAGAGGAAAUGUGUUUAAUGUAUCAGCAACGAGGAUUUUCGUAAGUAAGGCAAAACACUCACCUUUACCUAUUCAAAUUUUAUUUCCAAAGGAUAAAGAUGUAGUAAAAGUGGAGCUUGGUGAUGCUUUGUCACUGAAAUGCAAGGCCCGCCUGGGGAUUAAGAAACAGCCAAUAGCUGUUGUCACCUGGGAUGUGGAUAACAUCCCAGUGAAGCACUUAAAUUCAUCAAGAUUUCAGGAAAAAAGUUACUUUUUUGAAGGACGUGAGCAAGUACAUUAUGGAGAGACAACUUUGAAUAUCACUGAAGUAAGAAGGGAGGAUCUGCAGGCAAAUUUCACGUGUGUAGUGGUGAAUGAAAUGCACAACACAAAAGCCACAGUGACAUUAGAACUGAAAGCACAGUGUGAAGUGGAUCUCCCUCACAUCCUCUUGAUCAUAGGAUCUCUCCUUCUACUACUUGCAAUAGCAGCCUCUGUUAUACUUUACCAGUCCUUCCGAGUUGAUAUUGUCCUGUUGUAUCGGGAGUUACUUCAGCCUUAUUCAGUCAAGGAUGAUGGGAAGGUAUAUGAUGCUUAUGUUAUCUACCCCAAAAGCCACACCAAUGAAGCUGAUUUUGUGGAGUAUUUUGUUCACCAAAUCAUGCCAGAUAUUCUGGAAAAUAAAUGUGGAUAUAAACUGUGUAUUUAUGGAAGAGAUAUAUAUCCUGGAGAAGACACAGCAAGUGCAAUUGAGAAGAGGAUGCAAAAGAGCAGACGGCUAAUCAUCCUCCUAACACAGCAGUUGAUUAAUUGUAAAGAACAUGCUUAUGAUCAACACAUUGCAUUGUACAAUGCCCUCAUUCAAAACGAUACCAAAGUGAUCCUGCUGGAAAUGGAGGCAAUUGGGACUUAUGAGAAGCUUCAAGAAUCUCUUAGGUUUAUCAUUAAGCAGCAAGGUACCAUCAAAUGGAAAGAGCAGCACCCUGCACACACACAGUCAUCCAAUUCUAAGUUCUGGAAACAGGUGAGGUAUCAUAUGCCACUGAGGCUCAAGCCCUCACACUCUGCUAAUGCUGGGUGAACAUACUAUGAAAAGACCCUUACAGUGUCUGGAUGGAUUACAUCCCUGCAGCUCUUUUCCCUUUCACCAGGUACACGAUUUUGCACUCUGGAAUUCUGGCUGCAUUUUGGAACUGUUUUCAGUCCUUCAAUUAAGUAACAAUAAGGUGAACAAAUGGAAGAGGUCUGGGGAAAUAAGGGUAGUUUUUAUGGUAUGGGAGUUCAGGAAAUAAGUCAUUCUAGGCUGUGCACAGAAUUUUGCUUGUGAAAUGAAACAAAAUGUAGCUGUACUCUUCAUAUGUGUAGCUGUAUGUAUAGCUAAAAGUUAUGUUUCUGAAUAGCUCAAUGCCCUUCUUUCACCUUUCUAAUGCCAUAGGUAAGACAGAAAUGCUUUCUGUAUUAUUUGACUAAAAAGUAGAAUGUGUGCUAUGAAGCUAUAAAGUAUAAUGCAGUGCUUCUGAAUAUUUUUUUUCCUUCAAUUAUUCAUUUUUGAUUCAACUAAUUCCAGAAAAAAUGGAUUUCUUCCUUAGCAUAGAUGUCUGAGUAAGGGCUCUUUUUUGAGACUGAUGUGAAUGCAGUAUAUAUAUAAAGAUGGUA